AUGGGAAACCUGCCUGGGCCCCUGGCAGGUGCCCACGGCCUGCGAGAGGAGCCCAAGUUUGUGACUGCUCGAGCCGGUGAGGGUGUUGUCCUGAGAUGCGACGUAAUCCACCCAGUGACGGGACAGCCCCCACCCUAUGUUGUAGAGUGGUUCAAGUUUGGGGUCCCCAUCCCUAUCUUCAUCAAGUUUGGCUACUAUCCCCCACACGUGGACCCUGAGUAUGCAGGCCGGGCCAGUCUUCAUGACAAAGCAUCUCUGCGGCUGGAGCAAGUGCGCUCAGAGGACCAGGGCUGGUACGAAUGCAAAGUCCUUAUGCUGGACCAGCAGUAUGACACAUUCCACAACGGCAGCUGGGUCCAUCUCACCAUUAACGCCCCUCCCACCUUUACAGAAACACCCCCCCAGUACAUUGAGGCCAAGGAAGGGGGAAGUAUUACCAUGACUUGUACAGCUUUUGGGAACCCUAAGCCCAUCGUCACCUGGCUCAAGGAAGGGACCCUCCUCGGUGCUAGUGGAAAGUACCAGGUGAGUGACGGUAGCCUGACGGUGACAUCAGUCAGUCGGGAAGACAGAGGCGCCUAUACCUGCCGAGCAUACAGCAUCCAGGGUGAGGCUGUGCACACAACUCAUCUGCUUGUUCAAGGGCCUCCCUUCAUCGUUUCCCCUCCUGAGAACAUCACCGUCAACAUCUCCCAGGAUGCUCUGCUUACCUGCAGGGCAGAGGCGUAUCCCGGCAACCUCACCUACACCUGGUACUGGCAGGAUGAGAACGUCUACUUCCAGAAUGACCUGAAGCUAAGGGUGCGGAUACUGAUUGAUGGGACACUGAUCAUCUUCCGAGUGAAGCCAGAGGAUGCUGGAAAGUAUACCUGUGUCCCUAGCAACAGCCUGGGGCGCUCCCCCUCUGCGUCAGCAUACCUGACUGUGCAGUACCCAGCCCGUGUCCUCAACAUGCCCCCUGUCAUUUAUGUGCCCGUGGGAAUCCAUGGCUAUAUCCGCUGUCCUGUAGAUGCAGAGCCACCUGCUACUGUGGUGAAGUGGAAUAAGGAUGGCCGGCCACUGCAGGUAGAGAAGAACUUGGGUUGGACCUUGAUGGAUGAUGGCUCUAUUAGAAUUGAAGAGGCCACAGAGGAGGCUCUUGGCACUUACACCUGUGUGCCUUACAACACCUUGGGGACUAUGGGCCAGUCUGCCCCUGCACGGCUUGUCCUGAAGGACCCCCCGUAUUUCACGGUGCUACCAGGCUGGGAGUACAGGCAGGAGGCCGGCCGGGAGCUGCUCAUCCCCUGUGCAGCUGCAGGGGACCCUUUCCCUGUCAUCACCUGGAGGAAGGUAGGGAAACCCAGCAGAAGCAAGCACAACGCCCUGCCCAGCGGGAGUCUCCAGUUUCGUGCCCUGAGUAAGGAGGACCACGGGGAGUGGGAAUGUGUUGCCACCAAUGUGGUCACAAGCAUCACUGCCAGCACCCACCUCACUGUCAUCGGCACCAGUCCCCAUGCCCCAGGCAGUGUCCGGGUCCAGGUCUCCAUGACAACUGCCAAUGUGUCCUGGGAGCCAGGCUAUGAUGGAGGCUACGAGCAGACAUUCUCAGUUUGGAUGAAGCGGGCUCAGUUUGGGCCCCACGACUGGCUGUCCUUGUCAGUGCCACCGGGCCCCAGCUGGUUGCUGGUAGACAGCCUGGAGCCUGAGACUGCAUACCAGUUCAGUGUCCUGGCCCAGAACAGGCUGGGAACCAGCGCCUUCAGUGAGGUGGUCACUGUGAACACUUUAGCAUUCCCUGUUACAACUCCAGAACCCCUGGUGCUGGUGACCCCACCAAGGUGCCUCACAGCCAACCGGACCCAGCAGGGUGUGCUCCUGUCCUGGCUCCCACCUGCCAACCACAGUUUCCCCAUUGACCGAUAUAUCAUGGAGUUCCGAGUUGGGGAGCGCUGGGAGAUGCUAGAUGAUGGCAUUCCAGGCACUGAUGGAGACUUUUUUGCCAAGGAUCUGUCACAGGAUACCUGGUAUGAGUUCCGGGUUUUGGCUGUCAUGCAGGAUCUGAUUAGCGAGCCCAGCAACAUCGCCGGUGUCUCCAGCACAGACAUCUUCCCACAGCCAGACCUGACCGACGAUGGGCUGGCCCGGCCAGUGUUGGCUGGGAUUGUGGCCACCAUCUGCUUCCUGGCAGCUGCCAUCCUCUUCAGCACUCUGGCUGCCUGCUUUGUCAACAAGCAGCGUAAGCGCAAACUCAAGCGGAAGAAAGAUCCUCCGCUCUCCAUCACUCACUGUAGGAAGAGUCUCGAGUCUCCCUUGUCCUCUGGCAAGGUGAGUCCUGAGAGCAUCCGGACACUCCGUGCCCCAUCCGAAUCCUCUGACGACCAGGGCCAGCCUGCAGCCAAGAGGAUGCUGAGCCCUACAAGGGAAAAAGAGCUGUCCUUGUACAAAAAGACCAAGAGAGCUAUCAGCAGCAGGAAGUAUAGCGUGGCCAAGGCUGAGGCUGAGGCUGAGGCCACCACACCCAUAGAGCUGAUCAGCAGAGGCCCCGAUGGCCGCUUUGUCAUGGGCCCUUCUGAGAUGGAGCCCUCAGUGAAGGGCCGGCGAAUUGAGGGUUUUCCCUUCGCUGAGGAGACGGACAUGUACCCUGAGUUCCGGCAGUCAGAUGAGGAGAAUGAAGACACACUGGUGCCCACAUCUGUGGCUGCUCUGAAGCCUCAGCUGACCCCUAUGUCUUCCAGCCAGGACUCUUAUCUGCCACCACCAGCAUACAGCCCUCGGUUCCAGCCUCGUGGGCUUGAGGGCCCUAGUGGACUGGGAGGACGACUCCAGGCUACUGGCCAAGCGAGGCCCCCUGCCCCUCGGCCUUUCCACCAUGGCCAGUAUUAUGGGUACCUAAGCAGCAGCAGCCCUGGGGAGGUGGAGCCUCCACCCUUCUAUAUGCCAGAAGUGGGCAGUCCCUUGAGCUCUGUCAUGUCAUCCCCACCCCUGCACACCGAGGGACCUUUUGGCCACCCCACCAUCCCUGAGGAAAAUGGAGAGAAUGCUUCCAACAGCACUUUGCCCUUGACUCAGACACCUACGGGAGGGCGCUCCCCUGAGCCCUGGGGCCGGCCAGAAUUUCCCUUUGGGGGACUGGAGACCCCAGCCAUGAUGUUCCCCCAUCAGCUGCACCCCUGUGAUGUGGCGGAGAGUUUGCAGCCCAAGGCCUGCCUGCCCCGAGGACUGCCCCCAGCCCCCCUCCAGGUGCCUGCAGCCUAUCCAGGCAUGCUAUCUCUGGAGGCGCCAAAGGGCUGGGUAGGCAAGUCACCUGGCAGGGGCCCCAUCCCGGCGCCCCCUACCACCAAGUGGCAGGACAGACCUAUGCAACCUCUGGUCAGCCAAGGGCAGCUAAGACAUACCAGCCAAGGUAUGGGGAUACCGGUGUUGCCUUACCCCGAGCCAACAGAGCCCGGGGGGCAUGGUGGCCCCAGCACAUUUGGCCUGGACACCCGGUGGUACGAGCCCCAGCCCCGGCCCCGGCCCAGCCCUCGGCAGGCCCGGCGUGCCGAGCCCAGUUUACAUCAAGUGGUGCUACAGCCCUCCAGGCUCUCACCUCUGACCCAAAGCCCCCUUAGUUCCCGCACUGGCUCUCCCGAACUAGCUGCUCGUGCCCGACCUCGACCAGGCCUACUGCAGCAGACAGAGAUGUCAGAGAUCACCCUCCAGCCGCCAGCCGCGGUCAGCUUCUCUCGCAAGUCCACGCCAUCCACGGGAUCUCCUUCACAGAGCAGCCGCAGUGGGAGCCCCAGCUACAGACCCACCAUGGGCUUCACCACUCUGGCCACAGGCUACCCUUCUCCUCCACCGGGCCCUGCCCCUCCCGCACCAGGGGACAACUUGGAUGUGUUUGGACAGACAUCUUCCCCUCGGAGAAUGGGGGAGGAGCCACUCCGGCCAGAGCCCCCAACAACCUUACCUAGUUCAGGAAUACUUCCACCUGCACCCGGGAACGCUGCUGUGCCUGAGAGGCUGGAGGCUCUGAGAUACCAACGGAUAAAGAAGCCCAAAAAGUCAUCCAAGGGCUCUUCGAAGUCAAAGAAACGAUCCGACGGUUCUGCCUCCCAGGCUCAGCAGCUUCCCAACUCUCAGGUUCUGUGGCCCGACGAAGCUGUCUGCCUCCGCAAGAAGAAGAGACAUCCUCGUCCUGAUCCCUUUGCCCGGCUUUCAGACUUGUGCCACCGUCAGCUACCAGAAGACCAGACGGCCAUCCUCAACAGCGUGGAUCAUGAUGACCCAGGCCACGCUACUCUGCUAUGACUUGACGUCACUCUAAGUGUCCCCAGGGUGGGGUGCUAGGCUAAGGGGGCAGAGAGGGACCACUGUACAGGGCCUUGUCCUCCUCUGCCCAUCCUGGGUUGGCUCAGGCCCUUGUCCUUGUGUGUCCCCUCCUGCCAGUGAGCUUCUCCCUUAAGAUCUAGCUGACUAGCCUUGUCCACAGGACAGAGAACUGGGGGAAGAGCUCUUACCUGUGGCUCAGAGUUGGGAGUAUAUGAGGACAGAAAACAUCUGUCUCGACACCACCUCUCCCACUUUACUAGAUUCUUCUCACCUCUUCAGAUGUCUUAGGAAGUGAAGAAGAGAAAAGCAAUGGCUUUUACUACACUGCAUUUGUUUCAGUUUUCCAAGUCCCAGGAGGGGGUUAGAAUUACAUCCUAUCCUCCAGACUCCACAUAUAUAUAGAUAUAGAUACAAAUACACUUGUGUGUAGUUGGUGGGUUUCUCUAUGUGUAUAUAUAUGUACAUUGAAGCAAAGUGCUGUUUCUCCCUGUGGUCGGUGAAAGAUUGAGGAAGGCACUGAACAGAUGGGCUUGGUGAGCAGGGCGGGCUAUGAGCUGGUGGGUGCCCUCAUGUCUGUCCUGGGAGAUCAUUCCAGCUGAAACCGGAUUUAUGCCUCCCAGCUGAAUUCACCAUUGUUUUUUCUAGCCUCUCCCACCUAGAGUGGAAAUGGAGCCCUGCCACGAUUCCUAGCUCCCUGCUUGGGGGGUUAGCAACAAGUUACUCCUGAACUAAACCCCAAGCCUUUACUGCCUGCUUGCUAAGUGAGGAAAGCAAGGCCAGGCUCAAGGCCAGACUGGCAUCUUCCUUUCUUCUGCAGUUUGACACUCACCUUAGAAAUAGUGGUUGUUUAGCAGUGGGGCUGACAGGCAGGCCCGGUAUACAACCCCCUGUUCAUGUGGUCAUGCCUUGGUCUUUUCUGUUCCAGCCAGGGCUAGGAACCCUGCAGCCAAAGGCCCUCCUGUUCUGCAGCCACCUGUGCUGAGCACCAAGCUGCCACAGCUCUAUUUAUACCCAUCUUGGCUCUGAACGCAGAGCACUGCUCCCCCGCGGCCGAUUGGCUCCUCCUUUCCUUUUGUGUCUGCUAAUUCUCCAGAUUGAUUAAUUGCCAUUUGUGGGAGCUGCCUGCGGCUCCUUGGCAUACUCUCUGUGUGCUGUCUGCCAACUCUGCUUUGCCCUGGGGUCCUUCUCCACCUCCUGGACCCAAUCUCCAGUGCAUGAGAUGAAGAAGUGAGGGUACCUCAGAUGGUUGAGUUGUGGGGUGCUCUUUUCUCACUGCUCCUAUAUGGAGCUGGCUGAGCUGCAGGAAUGAUGGUGGAAGGAGUGGUGGGCAGGCACCAGGGCCCUUAUCUUUUCUCUGUACAAAUCUGUCCUGGUUCAAACUGUUAGUACUCAGAACUUUUCCUGAUGCCAUUUGUCAAUUCAGAUACUUCUCUCUCUCCUGAAAAGGUUAUGGUGUUGCUCAAGCGCUGAGAAGGGGGAGAGUGCCUCUCUCCAUGCUUUGCCUAAAGUAGUGGUAACCGCCAGCUUCCCGGAAGUGUUCCUUCUUGGUGCUGCUGUGUCCAUCUCUCCCCAGUGACCUCCUCCAGGCAUUAGCCAUGUCUACUGGAAGGCUUCUGCUGGUCCCACAGAAGCUGCUAGUCACUUGGCCUAGUGACUUUGAUGAGGUCACAGGGGCUAGGAAAGUGACUUUUUUUUAGCGCUUCCAUCUUGGGGGAUGGACUGCAUCUCUGCAGCCAGGCCUUGGUGCUUCCUUCUCUCUCCCAGUGGCCUAGGGAUGGGCUCCACAUUGAGGCUUCACACAAGCCACACUACUGCAGCUUUCUUCCGGACGUAAGGGAAAGAGGGGCCAAGAGCAGUUUCUUUUGCUCUGAGAUUAGGCCAUGUGCCUCAGACCAUCUAACUCAUGUGAUUCUCAGAGGUGUUUGAGUCCACUUGACCUCUGGACGUAAUUUCCAACAAAGCAGAAGAGUUGAGUUCAAAGACUCAUACCCUCUUUCAGAAGUGGGACAUUGCUUCUGCCACUGUGCCACAAUGGGCUGCUCACUCAAGUGUCUCCUGGGGUUAUUGGGAACAUAUCUACCUGAAAUACUGGAGUAGUGUUUGGAGGCUCACAGUGGCCUAGUAUGUGGUCUUUGCUUGCUCUCUCACAGCACGCAAUUCCUGAACCAUGGAGUGUAAAAGUAUAUGACUGGGGCUGGCAAACUUUGUACUGAAUUUGGCCAACUGUUCUAAGGACCCUCCUAGAAAUUCUUGCCCUGAUACUGUCUGGGCCUGGAGGUCAGAAUGGAGGAGAAGUUGAGGUGGAAGACUGCUUCUUUCAGAUGUUGUAGGGCCAAGAGCCAAACCUUGUGGGCUGAGCUGCCUCAGUCCAUGGCUAGGCUUGCAUGCUGGGCUUUCAGGUUGUGCUAACAAAGGUGCUGACUUCUUCCUCUUCUUGCCUCUGGCAGUGCCCCUUACCUCUGCCUAGCUGACCAAAAGGUGGAAACUGCUUCUGACUGGCCUCUGGGUCACAGCUGUGCUAUUGUGUCCCCUGUACUCAGAAGGGGGACAAGGUCUAUCCAUUCCAAAGUGGCCUCUGAUGCAUUCUCCUCCUAAGAGGUCUUCCUUCUUGUGACUUUUCUUGGAGACCAGCAGCAUUCUGCACUUCAGGAAACUGUUUCAGUCCUUCCUUUGGUGACUGCAAAGCAAACUGGCAGGGUCCUGCCCCAUGGUCAAUGCGAUGAUCAGGGUGUCAGAGGCACACUCUCAAGUGCAACAUCUGGGCACAUGUUUGACAGUCUGGUUGGAAAUGUGUUAUGUUGGGGUGUAUCCACUUCUAGGGACCAAUGACCUUUACACUCUGCCUUUGAACUUGGCAGUGACCACUAUGAGCUUGCUAGGGUUUUCACCCUCCUUGCUGUGGGAGAUGAUGUCUUCCAAGUCCUCCCUUUGCAUCUGGUAGCCUUGCAGAAGUAACCCAGUUCAAAACCUAUUCCUGUACUCAGUAUUUUUUCUAUCUUUUCCUUCUGCAUCUUGAAAAUGCUCAGUGUCUAAUCCACAAUCCAGAAAGAGUGUAAACCUGGUUCUCUAAGGGUCCAGAAAGAUUGCAAUUUGGGGGAAAGAAGAUGAAAAAUAAGAAGUAAAUCUUGCUUCUUUAUUCUGUGGCUGUCCAUACGGAGCUUCACUUCAGUGCUCUGUGCACCCAUGGUCAUCGGUGGCCAUUGGUCCGGCAUCGGAUGCUGGACCCUGCCUAAUGGUCAGCCUAUCUUCUUCCCACUUUUCUUAGAGGGAGUAGAACAGGAGAGAAGAGGUCUUCAGAAAGUCUUUCUCAGUGGAAAGGGUGCUGUAUCACACAGCAUGAGCAGAUUUGCACUCCAUCUCCACAGGCUUGGGUUAUGUUUGGGGGAGAUUUCAGAAGGAUGAGAACAAUUACUUAUUGAUAUUUUUCCAGUGUGUUCUCUCUUGGUUUUUGCACAGUGAUCUAAACUAUUUGAGGUUGAACAGAUUUUAAUUGUUUAUUCUUCUGCUCUUUUCAUACAGAGAAAACUGGGUAAGGUUGAGAUGUGUGAUUCCUUUCUUUCCCUCUUCUGGUGAGACUGGCACACACUAGCUUCAGGGGAGGAGUCCCAGAACAUUAGGGCAUCUUAGUUGCUUCCUAGGAUCUGUAUUUGAGGCUGUUAUGCAUAGCUCGAGCCAUUUCUUCUGAUUUUGAUAGCAGAAUCCUUUAGUGGUCUUGGGGUGGGCUGGGAGAAUUGUAGGUAAGUACAUUUUAUUAGUAUGUAGAGAACGCUAGAAAUUGAAAAGCUAUUGGCUUGGACUUGCUUUGCUUGCAUGUAAAAGUGCUUUGAGGGGCACUGCAGGGACCUGGGGAUAAGAGGAUAGAGUCAAGGGCAGUGAUGGAGGGGUGGUGUGGGGAGGUACCGCUGAUGCUUUCUCUGAGAUCCUGAGCAUUUCCACUAGUGCUCAUUGGCUUGACUCUACCCUUUGUGCAUGCUCCGAGACAAUGGAGGCUCAGGGUCUUGCUGAUUAGCUUUGUCUCUUUGGGAAGAGCCUCCAGAAGACCCUUCAUAGCCAUUCUGCACUGAAUAAAGUAAUUGAUAGGGCAGGUGUGGUUCAGGAAGAGAAGUGAGGAUUAGACUGGAGAGAAGACUUGAUUGUGACCAGGUAUGUGAGACUGAGAAAGAUAGAGCAUUAACUCAAUUGUAGAGAGUUCAGGAAUCCUGGGAUGACCAGGUGAAAAUGCAAAUAAGGCACCAAACCUCCAGUUCUCUUUGUGACCACUCUACCAGCCCAGAAGACAGUGCAGACAGUUUAGGUGGAAUCAUCACUAGGAAAUGAGUGACUGCCAGCGUGGGCCAUGAGGAAUGAAUAGGCCCGGUGUGGGAAGGAUGUAGCCACUGAGAACAGGUUGUGGGCAGGGCUUGGUAAGAAGGCCCAGCCUGGAUCUUGGAAGAAAUCUUGCUUAAGGCAGGGCUUUUCUGUUUGUAGAACUGGCCUCUAACUCCAAGUGCUGAAUUCAUUUUUUUUUCUUCUAUUUGUGGAGCUUCUCUGGUGAAACCUGGGAGACUGGCCUUCAAAUGCCAUCAGUAACUGCUUUCCAGUAGAGAGGGAAGGUUCUCAGGAGCUUGGUGCUCAUUGUCUUGGCAGCUGUGGCACAUUGUGCUCCUAGUCUGUGUCUGAAAAGGCCCAUCGGACAGUGCUGAUGGUGCACAGGAGGCCUGGCCUCCGGACUUGUCAGUGUUUCUUGAGCUGUAGAGAAUGUUUUCAUCUUGGAGGCUACACAGUGACCUAAUAUCCAGAGGUUUUGUCUUCAAUUUCUCUCUUCCUUUGAUAGGUUAAAUUUACCACACUGUAGCUAUGAGAGUGAAAUAAUUUCACCUGAAUUCAGAGACUAUUUAUUCUGUACUCCUUACUGUAUCCAACUUCCUCUUGGGUCAAGAGGAAUAACUGAAGAUCUCCUUAAGAGAAGUCAAUAAACUGAGAAUCAAAUCUCUGACCGGACUCUAGUAACUCUCACCAACUCAUGCAACUUGGUAUUUGAGUGGAGCUGGCUUGUACCUUUUGAUGCUGAAUCAGCACAGGUCCAGAGCCUAAUAUCUGGGCCCCUGUCUUUACUUCCAAAUAAACCUUUCAGGAACAAAUACACUGUCUGCACCAGAUGUUUGGUGUCUUGGAUUGCCAAGAGGGUAGAAUUUUUUCAUGACAUCAUUAAAAAUCCCUAAUCGAUUGAGUCUGAUCCAAAGAUACUCCCAAAUCAUAGGAAUAUCUGUGUAGAUUAAAAAAAUUCUUUAGUGCAAACCUUUUUAGUGGCUGGCCGUGCCUUAGGAGAGGAGAGUUGAGGUAUCCUAACUGCUAAAUAUUUGGGUAGAUCAGCAGCCAGCCAUUGAAUCACUUGGACAUUCUCUUCUACAGUGGGUUGGUUGCAGCAGCUAGGGACUCUGAAGAGUGCUGGUGAACAGUGAUCAGCUUUGGACCCCUGGUUAGGGAAUUCAACCAAAGCAGCAUAAGAAACUCAUUUUGCAGCCAGGGCCUUGACUGUUCCUUUCCCACCCAGCUUAACUAUACGGCAACAUGAAUGACUGGGCUUAUUGUUCUUCUGAGUUUUGAAGAAAUGCAUCCCAUCAAUCCCAUCUCCCACUGGCAUUAGAUUUCCUGGAUCUGCUUUGGGGAGUAGAGCAGGCUCUCCCUCCACCCAAAGCCACACCAUUCAGGCUCUAUUUCCUUCUUCUCCCCACUUGUGUGUGGCUCCAGGAUCUCUGGCUUGUGCAUGGUCUACAAUAGGAAGGUGGUUGGGUUGGGGAGAGAAUUGGGGAGGAUGUAGGGGUUGGACUCCGGGAGGGAAUUUGCAUUUUCAACCUUAAAAUACUGUAAGCAUGUUUUGGGGUGACCUGGGAUUUUCACUUAAACUAUGGUUAGGGAAAAUGCCUGAUGCUCCUCAUAGGGGAGGUGGGCACUCAGGGGGACAUUUGGCUUCUUUUUGGCUUAGGAUUUUAUUUUAUGUGGUGGAGGAGAAUAAGCAUCCUCACAGUCACCCUGCAAACCUUGGAAGGGAAACUCAUUCUAUCACUGAAUAGUUAUAUUGCCUACUGAGAACAAUGAAACAGUCUGUCACAGGUAGACAUUGCCCUGGCUGGGUAGAGAAAUGGAUGGAUGGCACCAGUUCCUCAGCAGGUCAGGUUAUCUGCCUGGUCAUGAACCCCUGGCCCACUGUUUAUUCCAGUGUUCAGAAGUAAGUGUGUUAGAUGGGUGUGAGUAUGUGGGAUGUGUGUGGUGUAUGCAUGGUAUCUUUGUGUGCAUGAGUGUGUGUUUGUGGUGUGGUGUAUGCAGUGUGUGUGUGUGUGUGUGUGUGUGUGUGUGUGUGUGUGUGCAUGUGUAUGUGUGUGUGUGUGUGUGUUGUAGGGGUAUGAUUUGUGUGUGUAUUUGAUUCGAGUGUGGGUAUGAGGGAACUGUAGAGACACAAGCUUUGCCUGGGUAACAUCAGGCGCAGUUAUGGCUGACUCUUUGCUAGACAAAUUUCUGUUUUGGUAGGAGGGUCAUACUCAUAAUAUACCAUCUUGAGUGUAUUUUUAUGGAGAUUGUAUAUAAAAUUAUAUAAAUAUAUAUAACUUGUUCUAUUUUAAGGUGAAAUGAGACUUAUUGGGGGGAGGGCAAGAAUCAGAUGCAAUA